AUGUCGAGGAUUAUUCCAAACUCAAUAGAUAAUGUAAAAAUCAAACCAAUUAAGAAACAGAUUCAAGAUUUAAAGAUUAAAAAACAAAACAAGUCAUUACAUAUGAAGACUUCUUUCAGAAAAGCAUAUAACAAGGCAAUAGAUAAACUGAAUAGUUCAACAGAGAGUCAGACUCAUACUGAUAGAUAUUCAUCCAUCAAUAUUAACGACAGUAUCAACACCUCUCUUCGCCAAAAUCAGAACCACAGAUAUUCGUAUCUGAAUCCAAACUCUGUGCUUCAAGGGCACUCCAUUCUCAAAGACACUUCAUUACUUAAAACAGAGAGGAUUAAACAGAACAGCCAAGACUUAAUAAACCUCAAUGUUAAAUAAAGAAAUAGAAAGUAGUGGGCUUUACAAGUCAAAGACUAAAUUUGAGCAAGAAAUGGAAGCAAUGAAGAUUAUUAACCCUCUAAAAGCUCCUCCCCAAGUUGUCUAUCAGAACUUGAAGCAGUCCACUAAAGUAUUUUCCUUCCAACCUCCAACGAUAAAGCCUCCUCGUGCAUCCCCUCGCCCUCUGGGUCUCCACCGCCAUUCAAAAUCCCUUCCCCAACUAAAACCCCUACUGCCUAGUCCAAAAGCAGAGACUCCUCACUGGGAGAAAGUGACCACUAUAAAAUCCAUCAAACCUCUUCGCUUAAAAUUGCCCAAAGAUAACCUUCCUCAGCCCAAGGUACUUCCAAGACCCAUGCCAGAGAGGGGUUGAGCCCCUGAAGACUGCAGCUUAAGGAGUGAAGGAGAGAAGAAAGAAGUCAAAUUACCAAGUGUAAAGAAGAGAUGGAUCCUUGAUGGGUUCAUGAUUAUGAACAGAUUUGAAUUUGAUACGCCUGAAGAGGCAACGGUGGUUAAGAUUAUCGGAGAUAACUUUAAAACUACAGAUGAUAAGGCUGAUCUUCUUAAGUCAGGAAUAAGGCAAGCUAAUGUUAUUUGAUCUUUAUAGUAUUUAACGAUGUCUUUGUGGAUGAUAUGAAAUUUUUCAUAAAUCUGAUACAUCUUGACUUAAAGGGAAAUCAUCAAGUUCCAAUGCAUAAAUUAGUAGAUUUAAUCCAUUUGAAGCAUCUUGAUCUAAGCUUUAAUAAACUGAAGAAGAUCAGCAUCAAAAAUGGAUUUAAGUUUUUAGAAGUAUUGAAUCUUGGAUUUAACAAACUAAGCCAAAAGAGUCUAAAAGAGAUAACAAGCCUUGCUAAAAAUCUGAAGAAAUUAAAUUUAGAGGCCAACGAAUUAACAGAUUUGCCAACACAAUUCAUAAAGUUUCAAAAACUUAAGGAUCUAAACUUGGCAAAUAAUCUGCUCAAAAAUAGUAUUGAAAGUGUACUUUGACUAGAGGAUAGUAAACGAGACUUUGAAGAGUCUAAUUUUACUCUUUUCGACAUUUUAAGCAAGAUAUGGCCUUUGAAACAUUUAAAUGUAUCUAACAAUGCUCUUAAAGGAAUUUUUAUUAAUGAUUAUACUACCUAAAGAAGAACAUUCUCAAUCAGCUAAAGACAUAUUUCCAAACCUGAUA